CCCCCUCCUCCUCCCCCUCCUCCUCUUCCAUCACCUUCUGCUAGAAGUGGACCACCACCGCCCCCUCCUCUUCCAUCACCUUCUGCUGGAGGUGGACCACCACCGCCCCCUCCUCCUCUUCCAUCACCUUCUGCUGGAGGUGGACCACCACCGCCCCCUCCUCCUCUUCCAUCACCUUCUUCUGGAGGUGGUCUACCACAGUCAUUACCAUCAUCAUUUGCUCUGGCAAGCCCUGAGCCACCCAAGCCAAAAAAUGAGGAUUCCAAAAGUCGGAGCGCUUUGUUAGCUCAGAUCCAGAGAGGCACUCGCUUAAGAAAGGUAGUGCAGACCAAUGACCGAAGUGCACCUCAGAUUGAAAACUCUAGAAGAAGGCCCAGCAGAGAAGGAGCAGGGCUAGGACUGGGCAGAAGUGAUGUUCCUCAGGCAUUAGGAAACCUUUUUGCUGAUGGUUUUCCUGUUCUAAGACCAGUGGGCCAAAGAGAUUUGACAGGGCAUAGGACUGGACAGGCUCAGGGAGUGAAAACAUCUCCUCCUCCAAAGUCUCCAGGUUCAUUGAACAGUAAUGGGAAAGCCAGCAGCAACCUUCAAACAGCACCUGAGAGCCCAAAGUCAGCAGAUCAGUUGGAAAUAUCCGGGGCCCAACGAGUGAUGCCACCCCGUCCCACUGUCCCAGCUCCUCCUCCCCCACCACCAUUACCUCCACUUCCCUCCAGCAAACCUUCACUUAUCUUCCCCCCUCCCCCUCUUCUCCCCCCUCCCACUGUGGGUAGUCCUGACAAACCAACCUCCCCAAACACUGCUCCUCCUCCUCCUCCACAAAGUGACAAGCCACUUAAAAUGCAAGCAUCCCCUUCACGGGUCCUCUCUCCUCCCUUGCCUCUUGUGCCGCCUUGUGGUCUUCUGGGGAGAACAAGUGAGUCUCCCAGCCCUUCUUCCUCUCAGCUGGAUCUAAGAAUUAACCCCCCACCCAUGCCACCGCCACCACCUCCUCCAGCGCUGCCUCCUUCUACUUUUUCCUCACGCAGGACAUCUUUGCCAUCGCCACCUUCACCAACCUCUAGCAACACCUCAAACAACAGCCAGGAUGCUCUUCCUCCACUACCCCCCAAGUCCCUGGCAGUGCAGUCCCAGUUACAGAAGCCCACCAUUCAAUCCUUGCCUCUCCCCCCUACUCCUCCUGGCCCACAACAAGCUGUUGUAAUACAGAAGAGACGGCAAGGCAGAGGCGGAGGAAAGCUGAUGACACCACCAGUACCUCCUGCAAGGUCUCCAACGACUGAACUCUCAAGCAAAUGCCAGUAUGCCCAAAUCUCAACAGUUACCCAUGAUCUUUCCCCAGCGUUUAGGAAUGGGACUGUGCACAUAAGUGAUGAUUUUGAGGCUAAGUUUACUUUCCAUCCGGUGGAAGAAUUCCCUCCUCCAGAUGAGUUUAAGCCAUUUCAGAAAAUCUAUCCUAGCCAAGAAGCUAAAGAUAACACCAAUAACCCGCCCUUAAGAACACAAGUGAGAUGAGAAGACCCCCCGUGUCACUGACUCAGCACAGCAAGAAGGAUCAACAGCAAUAUUAUAAAACAUUAGAGCUUGUUUUGAUAAUCUUGAUGAUACACGCAAGCCACACUAGUGCUGCAUGAAGGACCCACAUGUGGUACUCAGCAGUUGGAAAAUGCUGGAUGAUGAUAUCCAGAUGGAAUGGUGAUGCACAAACUAUGUGCAAGGGUUCGAAACAUAGUACUGUGUCUUUCUGUUGCUUUAGAAUUGGCCUGUUUAGUGUCAAUGGAACGCUUAAUUUUUGUAGUUUAAGAGACCAACUCUAUAUGGCACAGUUCCUUCUGGCAUAUCAUUUAUAGUGUGCCGAAUGAAAUUAAGUUUGCCAUAGAUAACAAUAGCUAAAGUUCCUGCUUAUAUCAUCCACUUCUAACGCUGGAUGUGUUCAACAAGAAAUGCACUAUAUUUCCAAAGUGAACGUGUUGUAUUUCCACCUAUAUAAGUUUUGGUGUUGUGGGGGGAAUAUCUCUUAAGAAUUUUACAGUCCAAAUCCAGAUUUCUUAAGAGGCUUUGCCACUGUUAAGGAAAUUCUAUAUAUUAUUCAGUUUUUUAAAACUUUUGUGGUCACUGGAUACCAACAAAGUUCUAUAAUUUAUAGAGGUGCACAGAUGCACUCUUUAUUGGAAUAAGAGCUGCCAUCCAAGCUGUAUUGGUUGGCCACAUUUAACUGGAAAUUGAUACCUUCUAGAAGACCUGAAGGCUCCCAUUUAUACUCUCCCAGUCUUUCUGCCUUUCAUUUUGAAGUUCCUUUCAGAGCUUCAGACACAGAUGCAGAAUUGUAGAAAUCUAAUGCUCGCUUUCUUCCCUAAGCUAAGCAGUUGGGUCAUUAACCUACACAGUAUAUUCUGCGGUGACUAUAAAAUGAGAUAAACUUCAAACAUGUCACUCCUCAGCAAUCCCUUUGUCCCAAACUGGAAUUUACAAGGCAGAAGUUUCCAAACAUCUGUAUUUUUUAAACGAAAGCUUGGGAAACUGGCAUUUUGUCUGCAUCCAUCUUGGUUGUUCCACUCAUGCUGCUUAGAUACCAGUCUCUUCCCCUGCCCUGUAGAUAGAAAAGGAGCAAGGGGAAGUAUUUAGGGAGAAAUUGGCCAGACAAGAAAGGGUUUAAACACUUUCUCCUUGUGCCUGGAGUGAUGAUCAUCCAGUAGAGAAGGAUGACACAGAAUCACCAGAGUGGGAAAAUCAGGCCAGAACUUAAUUGAUUAUAGAUUUGUCAGGUCAGCAUGACUGACCUGACAAAUCAGGUGAAGCCCUGCCACGACACACGAGUUAGGGAUAAGCAGGUAAAGAGAACCAGUUAUAAGGUGAGAAGCAGCAGAUGCUGUUAUUCAUGCCCGUCACCAGCCUCUUGGCAGUGUGGCCACCAUGCUAUUUGCCCCUAAAUCCCUUAAGCGGACCCCUCUCCCUUUUGGAUUAUAUAGGGAGCCCACCCCUGCAUACCUGGGUCUGUACUAUUUUCUGACUCUGCUGCCAGACCAAAGGAAUCUGCAACAUCUGCACCAGUCUGUCUCUAGACAGACUGCCCCACUUACAGGAAACGCCUCAGUGCUCAAUUAUUCCCCUCCCUUGAUGGACAAAGGCUCAUGCCUUGAACACAUACGAAGCUGCCUUUUACUGAAUCAGACCAUUAGUCCAUCAAAGUCAGUAUUGUUUACUUUAGCAACAGCUCUCCGGAAAUAUUUAUAUCACCUCCUACCUGGUCCUUUUAACUGGAAAUGCCAGGGAUUGUAUGCAGAGGCUCUUCCACUGAGCCACAGCUCUUCCCUGCCUCACUGACCUUCCUUCAUCAUCAAUACUUUUGGGGUUUGACAUACCGUCAGUCCUAUCUAUGUACCAGCUCAGACCAGAUGAGCUGAACACUCAGAAACGUCUGCAGGCAUGUCUCCAGGUCAGCCCACACCACAGGGUUAGGCCAGUCCAUUAUAUGUUGUUCUUGUACAACUGAAUGAUAGCAUCUGGGUGGCUGUGGUAUACAAAACACUUGGUAAGGGCUGGUACACAGAUACCCAGUGGCCCUGGCACUGGGUAAGCUCCAAGCAGCUCCCAAAGUGCUCAUGCCAUUCUGUGUCCCAAAUUCUGAGGGCUGAAGGCAUGGUAGUCAGUGCAGCAUGAAACCCUGUGAAGACUGGAGUCUAGUAAGGGAUUCUGGUCCUGCAUUCACCACCUAGGCAAACAGCAAAAAGACUUGGUUACCUGAACUAUACUCCCUUGCCCCAGCUGAUCUCUUUUAGAUCUCUGGAUUUAGGGGACCAGACCAUUAUCAAUGAACUGCACAUCAUCAUGGGAAAGAGCCUGCCCAGAAAUUUCUGAGUAAGAGGUGGCCACCAACUUACUAGCCUUGAGUGCCCCAAAGCCAGGCAAACAGCAGAUUGAAAAGCUUUGCUUUGCACUUAGAAUGGCAUUCUCUAACCAGAGUGGACUGGAGAUGACAUGAAAGUGCAUAGGGCAAGGGGCACCUGUGGUCAGGUCUGCUGGGCACACUGUGACGCCAGUCCUCAAGGCCAUGUAAGAUUCUUUAAGAAACACAUUGGGCUUUAAAGCCAUUGG